GUGGUUGACCAGAUUGACACGCUGACGUCCGACCUCCAGCUGGAGGAUGAGAUGACAGACAGUUCCAAAACGGACACGCUCAACAGCAGCUCCAGCAGCACAACAGCCUCCAGCCUGGAGAAAGUCAAGGUGCAGGGUAGUGCACCACUCAUCAAGCCACCUGCACACCCUUCAGCUAUCCUCACUGUGCUGCGGAAGCCGAAUCCACCCCCGCCUCCGCCACGACUGACGCCCGUCAAGUGUGACGAGCCUCCAAGGUUGCCUCCUUCAGCCAACCCUCUCAAGACUAAUGGCACCCUACUGCGAAAUGGGGGUUUGCCCGCUGGGCCCAACCGCAUCCCGAACGGAGAUAUGUGCUGUAUACCGAACAGUAAUUUGGAGAAAGUUGCCAUGCACCCUCUGAUGCACAGACCUGAGAAAAAAGAGCGGUGUCCUCAGCCAGGAGCAAGGGAACGGGUACGAUUUAGUGAAAAAGUGCAGUACCAUGGCUAUUGUCCGGACUGUGAUGUUCGGUAUAACAUUAAAAACAGGGAGGUGCAUUUGCACAGUGAGCCUGUCCGUGUUGUGGGAAAGCUGCCACACCAGUGCCCUCUUUUACCACCUCCACCACCACCACCUCCGCUGCCUCCGUUUCCUCUGGAAAACGGAGGGUUCGGGAUAAGUCCCAGUAAUAGCUUUCCUCCUCCGAGACCUGCUACUGUGCCUCCACAAACUGCACCAAAACCCCAGAAGACCAUCUUAAGAAAAUCAACCACUACAACAGUGUGA